AUGGACAAAGCAGCUUCCGGCUUCAUCAGUUACGAGGCGAAGAGGUCGAGCAAGCGAACGGUGGAAAGCCAAACCUCCUCCUCGUCCCGGCUCUUCGUCAACAUCCACCGCUCACACGCUCGAACGGACAAGCUGGCUCAGCAGAUCACACAGGCGGACUGGGCUGCCAAGUACCAGGAGGCGCAGACGACCGGCACCCGCGCAACAAAGCUCGAGCUCGCCGGCUCGUACGAUGCAGCCUUCUCAGCCUACAUCAGCGCAGCGCAAACCUAUCUCUUCCUCAUACGGCAUACGAGCGACGGCGAGACGAAGCAGAAGUUGAGGGCGGUCUCGAGCAGGUUGGUAGAGCGGGCUGAGCGGAUCAAGCAGGCGCGGAAGAGCGAGGUCAGGCCCGUGCAGCGGGAUGUCCUGGCGCUUGAGGAACAGGACGCUGUGCUCGAGAAGGGCUCACUCGUGAACGGCUUACAGCUGGCUAGAUGGAAGGCGGACGAGGGACUGUCGGCACUGCCGCAACCGCCUCUCGCACCAGCUCAGCAGGCUCAAGGCUGUACCUAUCGACGAGCCACCGACAUCUUGCCGGAUUCAAAUCUGUUGGACGAGCGAAUACGAGGACAGGACAUUGUGCAGGACAACAUCACCGACUGUUCCGUUGUCGCUGCUCUCAUCGUCGCGGGUGAACAUCAGGCCAGGUUUGGCUCGAAGCUCGCCCUCUCCUGCCUUUACCCUCAAGAUGCGACCGGCUUACCUGUCGAAUCGCCUAAUGGGAUGUACCGCGCGCGCCUUCUCGUCAACGGUGUCUGGCGCUCUAUCGACCUUCCCAGCCUCAUCUUCUUCUGCGACGCAGCAAUCGACGACAAGCUGCCGGUGACAGCGGAUGGCCGACCGAGCUUCGCGUGUACUCGCCAACGCGACCAGCUCUGGCCGGCUCUCGUCGAGAAAGCGUACCUGACCGUGAUGGGCGGCUACGACUUUGCUGGAUCCAACUCGGCAAACGAUCUCUACGCACUAUCUGGCUGGAUACCCGAGUACAUCUCCUUACAAUCGUCCUUUCGAAGCGAGAAGACCUGGAUACGGCUUCGCGACGGCUUCCAGGCUGGCAAGUGCGUCCUGACGGUCGGCACGGGCAAGACGACGGACGCCGCGCUCGUCAAAGCUGGACUCGUUCCUUCGCACAACUACGCCGUGAUCGACGUUCGCGAAGAAGCUGGCAGACGUGUGCUCGUCCUCGUGAAUCCCUGGCGGUCGACCGAACCAGCGGAGACGACAGAACCCGACAGCUGGACCGCCGGUCUCCGCAGAGCGCUCUUGGACUCGGAUGGGCCCGCUACGCUCGUCGUCGACUGGGACGCGCUGUCCGCACACUUCGCCUCGCUGCAUGUCAACUGGGACCCUAGCGCCUUCGCAGCGUCAUGCACGGCCCAUGUCUCCGCUCCGCCUGCGUCCUCUACUUCAACGUCGACGAGACCAGCCUAUCGACACGCUGUCUGCCUGCGACUCAACGUGGGAUCCGGCGCCCGCGCCUCAUCCGAAAUCUGGCUUCUCGCGGCUCGGCACACCUCUAAUCCGUUCGAAAAGGGAGAGUGCAUGGGCAUUACUGUUUCGCGAUCCCUAGGCGGAUCUCCAGGAGACGCGAAUUUGAGGCUGGACGACGCGUCGUCACUGUCGGACAAUCUUUACGACCUGUACCGCUUCCUUCCUGAGUCUGGCGCUGAUACCUACGAUCUCGUCGUCACGCACGAAGGCUCCGCCGCCGACUUCGCCGUCACCUUGCGCGCUUAUAGCAACGACAGGGUCAACUUUGUUGCCGGUCCACCACCUCUGCCGUAUGCCCGCGAGAUUCGCGGCGGGUGGACGACGUCUACUGCCGGCGGUAACCACACGUGCUACACGUUCCUCAAUAACCCGCAGUACAGCCUCAAGCUGUCGCCGCCGCCUGGCUCGUCGACCCGGACUGCCGAGCUACACGUCGUCGCAGAGACGGACAAGGACUCGCCAAUCAAUGCGAGAGUGGUAUUUGGAAAGGGCGAACGGAUAGACCGGAUGGAAGACCGAGACCUGCUCGCGGGAGAUGCGAGUUAUAGCUAUGGCAGAUCUUCCUGCUCUAGCGCUCGCGCUACGGCCGGCUCGUACACUCUCGUCGUCUCGUCUUUCCAGCCGCAACAUCUCGCCGACUUUUCCGUCUCCGUCAAGUCAAACUUCAUCGUCGAGCUCUCGCCUAUCCCGCCGGAAGGCGCGGGAAUGUAUGCUCGGCAAGCGAAGGGCUGCUGGACACCCGGCGCGGACGGAGGCUCGAAGGAUGUCCUGCGCAACCCGAGGUUCACGCUGCGACUUGAGACGACUACCAACGUCAAGAUCCGCUUGCAGACGCCGACUGAGCCGAAGCUCGUCUCGCUAUUCGUCUACUCGGUGGGUUCUGACGGCGAGCCUGACAAGCUUGUAGCUACGUCGGGAUCGUACGCCGACUAUCCUUGCGGCGUCGUCACGCCGCUCUUCAGACUGGAUCCGCGAGAACACGGUUACAUCGUCAUUCCUUCUACCUACCAAGCGGCCGUGCAUGUACCGUUUCAGCUGUUGUUGUAUGCCGAUGCACCCGUCUGUUUCACGGCCGCCUCUCGCUAG